AUGUCGGUCACCGUCAAGUGGGAGUUUGAGGAGCUGGAUGCCCAGAAUCGCUGGCAGCAGCUGUACUUGGAAAUUCAAAAUGAAUCCCAUGACUAUCCUCAUAGAGUGGCCAAGUUUCCAGAAAACAGAAAUCGAAACAGAUUCAGAGAUGUGAGUCCAUAUGAUCACAGUCGUGUUAAACUGCAAAAUACUGAAAAUGAUUAUAUCAAUGCUAGUUUGGUUGACAUAGAAGAGUCACAAAGGAGUUACAUCUUAACCCAGGGGCCUCUUCCUAAUACAUGUUGUCAUUUCUGGCUCAUGGUUUGGCAGGAAAAGACCAAAGCAGUAGUCAUGCUAAACUGAGUUGUAGAGAAAGAAUCGGUUAAAUGUGCACAGUAUUGGCCAACAAAAGAUGACCAAGAGAUGAUGUUUAAAGAAACAGGAUUCAGUGUGAAGUUCUUAUCAGAAGAUGUGAAAUCAUACUAUACAGUACAUCUACUACAAUUAGAAAAUAUCAAUAGUGGUGAAACCAGAAAAAUAUCUCAUUUUCAUUAUACCACCUGGACAGAUUUUUGGGUCCCUGAAUCACCAGCUUCAUUUCUCAAUUUCUUAUUUAAAGUAAGAGAAUCUGGCUCCUUGAACCCUGAGCAUGGGCCCAUGGUGGUUCACUGCAGUGCUGGCAUCGGGUGAUCUGGCACCUUUUCCUUAGUAGACACCUGUCUUAUUUUGAUGGAAAAAGGAAAUGAUAUUAACAUUAAGCAAGUGGUGCUGAAUAUGAGAAAAUACCGAAUGGGACUUAUUCAGACACCAGAUCAACUCAGAUUCUCAUAUAUGGCUAUAAUAGAAGGAGCGAAGUUUAUAAAGGGAGAUUCAAAUAUACAGAAACAGUGGAAAGAACUUUCUAAGGAAGAUUUAUCUCCUGCUUUUGAUCAUUCCCCAGCCAAAAUAAUGACUGAAAAAUACAAUGGGAACAGAAUAGGCUUAGAAGAAGAAAAACUUACAGGUGGCAGGUGUACAGGACUGUCGUCUAAAAUGCAAGAUUCUGUAGAGGAAAAGAGUGAGAGUGUUCUACGGAAACGUAUUUGAGAGGACAGAAAAGCUACCACAGCUCAGAAGGUGCAACAGAUGAAACAUCUAAAUGAGACUGAACGAAAAAGGAAAAGGUGGUUAUAUUGGCAACCUAGUCUCACUAAGAUGGGGUUUGUGUCAGUCCUUUUGGCUGGCACUUUUAUUGGCUGGGCACUGUUUUUUCAACAAAAUGUCCUAUAA